GAGGAACCGGAUACCAGCGGUGACGAAGUAUCCGAUGAGGAGGCCACUGGUAAAUAAACUCGGAACGCGAUCAUUUCCCCACCGCGCGACGCGGAACGAACCCCGAUGAAGAUGUCUCCAUGACACCGCCGAGCAUGCUUCGCAUGGCCGAAAAACGAAAGCGUCAAGACGAAGAAAAUAACCAUUCUGAAUCUCCUAAUCACAAGAGGAGGCGCGUUGUUCAGAACGGAGGUUCUUAUGGAGCGACUCGCGACGUAUACGACCAUCCUUCCUCGCCCGACGGGGAAUCGUCUUCUCCGUCGCGUGCACGCAGCCUUUCAAGCUCUGGUAAACGAAGGCAGCGGGCAAAACCGACAUUCUCCCAGUCUCAGUCAACGUCGAAGGGCAAGGGGAAGGAGCCCGAAAAGCCACCUCCCUUAAUGAAUCGCUUCUUUUCGCGACUUUUCUCAUCGCAGCCCGCAUCGUCGAAGGCCGCACCACCAAACCCGUUCUCAUCGCAGCCGCCCUUAUCGAACGCUUCGUCCUCCAAGGCCACAUCAUCGCAGCCGUCGUUGUCGAGGGCGUCGUCCUCCAAGGUCCCCCCAUUACAGCCGUCGUUAUCAAGGGCGUCAUUCUCCGACGCUCCACCCGCCCGGGCUUCUUCAUCGGAGACUUCAUCCUCCCAGGCUUCAUCAUCCGAGGCUUCGUCUUCCCAGGCUUCGCCAUCCCAACCGUCUUUACCGAACGCCUCGACCUCCCAGGCUUCACCAUUGGAGCCGUUAUCAGUGAAGGUUUCACCGUCCAAGGCCGCAUCAUCCCAGGCACCAGCAUUGAAGGUGCCACCGUCGAACCCCUCAUCGUCCAGGCCCCCUCCCACAAAUGUCGGUGCUUCGUCCUCUCGCACGAGAAUCUUCACACCUGAAGAAACGGAACGCAUCACAGUCGCCGUCGAGACGUACCGCGACAAGCAUAACAUGACGCAAAGGGAAGUGAACGACUUGAUCCAGAAAGGCUUGGGAGUCGGUAGGACAGUAGUGGACACUGAACUGAAGAAGUUCUGGUCCCUCGUUACCGCCACAUGUUCCGGCAAGCCACGGCAGAAGGUCAUCGACUUCUGCCGCAUGAGGUUCCACAAUUUCAAGGCACGGGGAGGCCACUGGACCCCCGAGGAAGAAGAACAGCUCGCGCAGCUGGUCGCGCAGGGCGGAACGAAGUGGGCGAAGUGGUCCCUGGUCAUGAACCGACAUCCCAGGGACCUACGCGACAGGUACCGCAACUACAUCAUCUGCGGCAGCAACAGAGCCUCGGAUCGAUGGGCCCCCGAGGAGGAGGAGAUGUUUAAGAUGCAUGUCCACGAAGCCUUGGAGGCGCUCGAGCGCGAGAAAGCGGCCAAGCCGGAUAAUUCUUUUUAUGACCGGCCUCUGGACCAGUUGAUCGACUGGCAGGAAAUCAGCCGUCGGCUAGGCCGGACCCGAAGCCGGUUGCAGUGUAUGUCAAAGUGGAAGAAGUUGCAGAGGCGUGCUGAGUCUACCUAGCAGCGUUCGGGGGCGCGCAAGAGAGUGUUCGGAGAUCGGGGGCGUUACGGGAAAAUACCCUGUUUAUGUUUCGUAUUCAUGGCUCUGGGGACACAUAUUCGGUCUGCUUCUACUUUCAGGAGUCUGUUCUAUUCAUGCAUAGUACUAUUUAUUUUAAUCCUAUUCAGCCCAUCAAGUUCACCAUUCACAUGGGUUUCCUCUGGC